AUGGCCAUCACUUUGUACAACCUAGAGAAGAGCCCACCUUGCGCUUUUGUGCGCUCAGUAGCAAAACAUCUGGCAAUUGAAAUGAAGAUCAAGAACUUGGACUUCGCCAAGAAAGAGCACUUGAGCGACGAAUAUCUAAAGAUUAAUCCAUUCCACAAAGUCCCUGCAAUUGACGAUGCAGGUUUUAUUGUUUACGAGAGCAACGCCAUCGCGUACUACUUGUUGCGCAAAUACGCCCCCGAGUCGAAGCUCUACCCAACCUGCAUCAAGACUCGCACCCGCAUUGACCAGGUUCUUGCGUGCCUUUCCACUACAAUUCACAGUGCAACGGUUGCCUUCCUCCUUCCCCGACUUGUGCAGAAGACCAAGCCAAAGGCCGAGGAGAAGUCGGCAUUCGAAGACAAUGUCCUCAGAGGGCUCGAACACCUGAUCGGUGGGAAGUUCGCGGUCGGUGAAACCUUCACCCUCGCCGAUCUCGCCAUGACCUCGCUCGUUGCUGCUGCUCUUGAGAACAAUCUUGUUGACUAUACCAAGUUUCCCAAGCUGAGAAGCUACUACGAACGAGUCAAGCACGAGCAACCUUGCUUCGAAGAAAUCUACGGGCCUGUCCUAAACAACAUGAGGCAACUGUCGGCUAGCUUAAUGUAGACCUCGAAGUGGUAAUAAACAUUGCUGCCGAA